AUGUUGCAGUACAGUCUGUUAGUGCUGGCCCUUGUAUUUACCAGUGGUCAUGCUGGCCGUGACUUCCACACUGGAAGCUCUGAGAUGGAGUACAGAAGUUGCAAGGACAUCAAGAGGAUGGAUAGGUCUGCAACAGGUGAGUCCGAGAUUCCAAUGGCCAAGUUGGCGUUUUUCCAGUUGGGCUAUAGGGCUAGUGGAAAUGGUGGUGGAGAUUAGCACCUAGUUGUCUUGAGACACAUAUAAAAUCAGGAAUUAAUAGCACUUAGAAAAAUGUAUUAUUGGAAACAAAUAUAUAUUAUGCUGUAAUAAUAUAGAUAUAUUCAAUCAUAGAUGUGCUGUUUCAGUCAUACUUAUUCCAUUAAGUACAAUUCUCCAUCCUGCAGUUUGCAAUAAUUAAAGACACCAGCAGAGGUCUCAUUGCUCUCAGAAUGUAUUUGUGCUAAAUAUCACAUAUUUUUUCUAACUAGUUAACAGUUCCAUUUUUGAUGUUAGGACUGGCAUCAAAAAUAGAGAGAGCUAGUGACAGUCCUGGACAGACAUGCAGUUGAAAGCAAAAAUGUCCAACAUGUUUUCUCCAGGAGAAAAAGUAAAGGCACAGGCAGGACACAAGUAGUAAGAUGAAGCACCCGACAAGCAUUGGUAAGACCUCUGUUGGUGAUUGCGAUUACGAUAAAAUUGAUUUUGCUUAAGAAAUAGGUGUGACUGAAAUAGUACAUCUAUGAGACUGACUUGAAUUGAUAUAUAUACAUAUAUAUAUAUAUAUAUGUGGUCGGUAACAUCCAAGCCGUGAAAUACCUUAAGAUUGAAGCAAGUAGGUGAGGGUGUGCCGAAACUGACGUAAGAGUAGGCCUGUAAUAAAGAGGGCAAAAAGGAAUGCAGAAAAAACACACUUUAUUGCUGUAAUACAAGAUUCUUGAAUGCUUUCCUAAUUUCUUUCUCUGGAUGUGGCAUGUACCUUUUGUAUACUGUGGAUACAUCCUAAUUUUUUUUAAUGAUGUGGACGUGUGUAUUGGUACUGGAUGCAGCUAAAGCUGCUCUGAUUCUAAAUGAGUGACCUGAAUAAGCGGUUGGGUCCCAACCUAAUCAAAUGCAUAGAGUUCUGAUGUGGAGCAUGAAUUUGGAAGUGGUGAGGGGACCACCUAGUAUUGUGAACAGUGGUGAAUUUAUGGCGGUGUCUCUGAAUUGGUGUAGAUCAGUGUCCAAAACUUUGACGGGGCACCAGUGAUUCUCAGUAGGGUAGAAGGGGACUUCCAGUAGGUGGCCAGACUGUUUGGUUUUAGAAUGUUUUAACGAUAGAAUAUAAUGGUCAUUCACCUUUUUUAAAUCUUUUAUCGUGAGACACAAAUGACUGUCUGAUUGUGAACUAAUUGUGAAUUCCCUGGGUCUCAAAAAAACGUAGAACGCUAUGUACAUGGCGGUCUUUAAGACCAUGUUGGUAUGUGGUUAGAAUGGUUGUGUAUCUAUCAUAUCAGAUAAAACCCGGAACUUUGCUCUGUCUAUUGGAAGUCUUUUCUGGUUAGUGUGGUGAUCUAGUUUGUUGAUGCCUUUUAGUAUGUUUCUGAUUGGGUAAGAUGAUAAAAGGGUUUACGUUUGGCAUGGUGGUCAAGAUAUGAUGUUGUACACCUGUUAAAUAGAGUUUGAUAGUGUUGUGUGAUAGGUUGACAUGAGUUGAGAUGAAGGUGGCAAAAUGCGGAAAAUGCUACCAUGGUUUGAAUAGAACAGUCAUGUUUAUAUCUUCUGUUUUCCUUCAUCUUAUAUGAUGCCCUAUUAAGUUAUGUUCAUGGUCAUUAUAGCGCCCUCUGUUUACUAGAUUAAAUAGAUUGUUAUCUUGGCAUUAUCACAGAUGGAAUUUAUACUCUGACAACCAAAUAUGGAAUGCAGUACCAGACCUUCUGUGACAUGACCACCAAUGGAGGAGGGUGGACAUUGGUGGCCAGUAUCCAUGAAAACAAUAUGUAUGGGAAGUGCACAGCAGGAGAUCGCUGGUCCAGUCAGCAGGGAAAUUCCAUUAACUACCCUGAGGGAGAUGCCAACUGGGCAAAUUAUGCCGUGUUCGGGGAUGCUUUUGGAGCAACCAGUGAUGACUACAAGGUACUAAACACUAAAUGAGUGGUUUUGUGAUAAAUGUUAUAUGAGUUUAGCAAUAAUGAAAGUGAAUAGUCACAUCUAAUAGGGUUUUAAUUAUGGUAUUGUUAUCUUAAAGGACCACUAUAGUGCCAGGAAAACAAACUCGUUUUCCUGGCACUAUAGUGUCUUUAGGCCCCCCCACCCUCAUGGCCCCUCCCGCUUGGCUGAAGGGGCUAGAGCUGGGCUCUGCACUGGGGAACUCUCCUCCUCCUGCCGAGAACUCUCCUCCUCCUGCCAACGUCAGUGCCGAAUGCGUGCGCAUUCAAACCGCCCAUAGGAAAGUAUUUGCUUUGCUAUGGACGUCCAGCAUCUUCUCACUGUGAUUUUUACAGUGAGAAGCGCGGAAGUACCUCUUGCAGCUGUCAGUGAGACAGCCACUAGAGGCUGGAUUAACCCUCAGUGAAACAUAGCAGUUUCUCUGAAACUGCUAUGUUUUCAGCUGCAGGGUUAAAACUAGAGGGACCUGGCACCCAGACCACUUCAUUGAGCUAAAGUGGUGUGGGUGCCUAUAGUGGUCCUUUAAGGUUUGAAUUUAGAAUGUAAAGCUUUGGUCUUUGGGCACAUUAUCUGAUCACAGAUUUGAUAUAUAGAUCACCGCUGCAGUGUCAUUACUCAAUUCUGCUGUUUAGUACUUAAAGCACUUUGUUUACAUAGCUCUGGUCAACUCCCUUGGCUGUGACUCACACAGCCUCCAUGAAAAUGGUUUAAUUUUUACAGCACAGUGUGUUCGCUAUAUCAGUUUAAAUCUCCUGUUAUGUAAAUUUAAUUUUAAUUACAUACAGCUUGCUGCUACAAGCUCAAUCUGGAAAUUAACAGUUCAGGAAGAACACAUGGCUCUAUGAACAAUAAGGGGCAUUUACAAAUUAGACCUUUUUUUUUUAGAAAAUGUGUAGGGGUGUUGUGUUGAUCACAGCCACGGAAGACGUGGCUAUGUCUGCUCACGUACAGUGAUUUAACAUGUUUUGGUGCUUGGAGAGUCAUUUUACUCUUGAGACACUUGUCCACAAAUAUGUUUUUAACCCAUUAAGGACCAAACUUCUGGAAUAAAAGGGAAUCAUGACAUGUCACACAUGUCAUGUGUCCUUAAGGGGUUAAUCUAACCUUAAAAUGCAUAUCUAUAUAAGAUUAUUCUAAAAAACAAAACAAAAAAACUUAAUUUGAAUUUGAGAAAAGUAAUGAAUGCUAAUACGUGAAAAGGGUGUUUCAGUCCUAAUUAGACAAGUCUCAUAAAAUAUGCUAAGAAAUCACUAGUUAAAACUUUACUUUUAUUCAUAAAUAUUCUUACAAAUUGUAGCAUCCUGGGAAAUCCUAAUGGAUACAAAAAAGAGGACAUUCUAUUACCAUUAUAUAAUUAGUGUGAAAUAGUUUGUAGUAAUGCUGUAGUUCCCAACCUUUUUUCAAUUGUGUACCCAUUGUAGAGCAUUUCCAUAAAUUGUACACUUCAUAUUAGCAAAAUAUUUGUAAUUAAUAUAGUUGCUCUUAUUUCAAAUUUAUACAUUUUAUCUCUGCUCCAUCUCCCCCUUUUCUCUGGCUUAGGCUCCCCAGCUUCUCCACAACCCCAAGCCCUCCCUGCUUCUCCUCUUCCUCAGACACUAUGAUUCCCCUCUGCCACAGGCUCUCCCUGUUUCUCCUCUGUCCCAGAUUCUCCUUGCUUCUCCUUUGCCCCAAGCUCCUCGUAUGUCUUUGGUGCUUACCCAUGCUCACCCUGCUUCUCCCUUUCCCCAGGGUUCCCCUAGCUUCUCCAGGUUCCCCCUGUUUCUCCUCUGCCCCAGUUAUAUUUCUACACAUACACACACUAUCACAUACAGAUACACACACUGACACACAUGCAGAUGCACAGACACACAGAUACAAACAAUGACACACAUACACGUAUUAAGACGCACUAAUACAAAUGCAGAUAAACAGAUACACACAUACAGAUACACUGACAUGGAGACACACAUUGAAACACAUACAAAUUCACAGGUAACGAGAUGCACACACAAAACACACAUACCGGUCAAAACUUUAGACGUGCUUAUGUUUCCUACUUUUAGGAUAUUGAAGGGUGGCUUCUGUUGGCUUGGGAUGUUGGGAGUUAGGGGCUUGCACAGCCAAUUUGCCCCUUCCCCUCUGCCUUCUCCUCUCCAUGUCUCCCACACGGUGCUCUGUGCUACCCUCUGCCUUCUCCUCUCCAUGUCUCCCACACGGUGCUCUGUGCUAGCCCAGAGCAGGUGACCAGCUCUCACUUCCUCCCAGCGGAGACCCAGUUAAGCUAUCAAAGCACUGCAGCGCACGACUGGGACCCUCGUGGCACAUGUCCAUCAGGUGGCCCUAAACUGUGGCGCGCCAUUAAAGAUUUUUUUUUGUGUAUAUACCCUGUGAGAACUGGUUCGUAACCCCAGAGGUAUGCACACCAUAGGUUGAGAAUCACUGUAAGACAAAAUAAUUCUGACAUUGGAAAAGUAAUAAAUAAAUGCAUAGCAAAAGCUAUUAGCUGGCGAACCACAAUGAGAGGAAGGAGGAAAAGCAGGAGUCCCUAUUAGUUUUUUUGUUUUAAUUUAGUGUGCAUACUGAUACAUGAUUCCAUGUAUAGCAUAUUGUUAUAAGAUUUAUGUACACUUUAUAUACAUUACCAUAUAGAGUUUCUUAAUCUAAUCGUGGUUUAAUUCUACUGAUAUUUUUUAGUUGCAGUAACUGGUGAUUUAGAUACAGUAUUAUAUGGGUAUUUUCCUAUCCAAGGGUCUCCAGGGCUUGCCAUUUUUACAUAUUUAGAUGUGAUAGAUUACUCUGUAACUUUUUAUCCUGUAUCUGUCAUACUGCGAGUUAGUUGCAGAAUAAAGGUACACUGAUUUAAAUUAACAACUCCUAUUUUCAGAAUCAGGGAUAUUAUGACAUUUCCGCCAAGGAUUUGGGUUUGUGGCAUGUGCCUAAUCUUACACCACUUUUUCAAUGGAGGGAUGCUGCUCUGCUGAGAUAUCGCACAGAAACUGGUUUCUUCACCUCAGAAGGAGGAAAUCUUUUCAGUUUGUACACGGUACAGUAUUUCUCGAAAAUCCAGUAGGGAUAUGAACCAUGUUUACAUUCAGUUACAUGUUUAACAUGUAUGAAAAGAUCAACAUGUUAUAUUAAAUUUGUAAAAAAAAAAAAAAAGUACUGUAUAUCAGGUUAAGAGAUCAUCUGCUUGAGCAAAUAAGAUAUACCAUUUCACAAAAGGCACAGACUUUUAGGGCUAUUUACUAAUAUAAGAAUUGCCAGAAAUGUAAACUAAAUUUAAAGUGGAUUGGAAAAAAAACUCUCCAAGUAUCCAAGUAAGCUAUGCUUCUACCUCAGCUAUUUUGGUCUAAAAUUUGAAAAUUCACUUUGAAUUCCUGACAAUUCCAACAUUAGUAAAUAACCCUGUUUUUGCUGAGGUAGCUGAUGUUAAUGCCAGCCUUAUCACCUUAAAUAUCAUUCAAGGCAUAUCAUGCAAUUUCUAACAAGUGCUCAAGUCAAUCAUGAUAUGACAGGACUUAACAGAUAAAUGUGCAAUGAGUUGAUCAUUUAAUGACAAGGUUGUUCACCAAAGUGUAAAUUGACAGAAAUUCAAAGUGAAUGUAAAUGUUUAGGAGAAACUUUUCUAUUGUGACUGUUUUGGCCUAAAAAUUGAGAAUUGUGAGACUUCAGGAAAGGAUAUUUCACCUACUGAAUCAGGAAGGUUUAUAAGGUUUCUAGGAUUUAGCAGUUUGUUGAUCCUGAAGGAGAGCUCUGAUAGCAUUUACAGACUCAAAAAUAUCUAUUCUUUUUUUCAUUUCUGGUGCACAAUUGAAAAUUGUGAUUGGAUGAAACCCAGUGGUUGUUCUUCAACCUAUAUGUAAAUGUUGCUUUAUUUCUCAUCUAGAGAUAAGAAAGUUAACACUUAUGUAGAUUUAUGUUCUAUUCUGUUUACCUGCCUUUUUAUCUCUUUGUCCUUAGAAAUAUCCAGUGAGGUAUAAUGCUGGGGCAUGCUUGAUCAACAAUGGACCUGCUGUGCCAAUUGUGUAUGAUUACGGAAAUGCUGAAAAGACAGCCAAUUACUACUCUCCAAAUGGGAGAGGUAAGUAUACAUAUAUAUAUAUAUAUAGAGAGAGAGACAGUAAAUGAAAAUUACCAGGUCUGCUUACACAAUGUCCUCACUCUGUCUCAUUCUGCAGGCGAGUUUACUGCCGGCUUUGUCCAGUUUCGAGUUUUUAACAAUGAAAGAGCAUCACAGGCUCUGUGCCCAGGAAUGAAGGUGAUGGGAUGCAACACGGAACAUGUACGUAUGGCCAGUCUCUGUCUCUUGUAAAGUAUUUACACCAGUAAUGUAUUUCUGAAGCUGUCACAGGCACAAAUAGUACAGGUCAGAACUUGGGUAGGACAUAUCCCAAGCUGUCACAACCUAUCAGGAUUUGAAAACCACAAUUAAGAGGCUCUCCCAUUACAUUCUCUGUGAGCCAGGAAUAGUAUUACUGCUAUUAGUAAGGGUUAAUAAGUGGGUAGGUGUUUAGAAAAAUACCCCUCGAUGUCUCAUUAGAGAUUUUGCCAAUUAGCUGAAAACAGCAAGGGGAAUUGAUAGUGUGGGAAUCACCUAAGAGGUUUUGCCUUGACGUGACAGGUGAGCUUACAGAAUAAUGGACAUUGGAUUGACCCUAAAAAACCUCCAGUUAUUUAAAUGUGCAUAGGGAUUUGGGAUAGUAAACACAAGUAACUUUUAUUUGGUUCUUAUUGUAUGUAUUGGAGCUGAUGUGUACUAUAGUCAAUACUGCCGCCCAGGAGUGAAGGCCUUAAUUUUGUAUAAUAGUAUUAUUGCUGCCGAGCAACCAAAGACAGAAGUGCGCUCUGUGCAGCAGGCAGAAUUACUGAUAGUUAUAUUCUGCCACCUGCUGCCUGUCUAUGGGUGCAGAACGUCAAGAGGCUUCACAAAACGUUACAUCAAGGACAUCAUGGAACCGCCCUCAGUCUCUCAUGGUAUAAAGUAAGAAAAGGAAAGGAGAAUACAAUUAUGAAUUGUGGAUAAGCUUCUGUGAUGUGUAUUAGUGUCUGUAUAUGUCUGUGUGAGUGAUACAGGGAGUGCAGAAUUAUUAGGCAAGUUGUAUUUUUGAGGAUUAAUUUUAUUAUUGAACAACAACCAUGUUCUCAAUGAACCCAAAAAACUCAUUAAUAUCAAAGCUGAAUAUUUUUGGAAGUAGUUUUUAGUUUGUUUUAGCUAUGUUAGGGGGAUAUCUGUGUGUGCAGGUGACUAUUACUGUGCAUAAUUAUUAGGCAACUUAACAAAAACAAAUAUAUACCCAUUUCAAUUAUUUAUUAUUACCAGUGAAACCAAUAUAACAUCUCAACAUUCAAAAAUAUACAUUUCUGACAUUCAAAAACAAAACAAAAACAAAUCAGUGACCAAUAUAGCCACCUUUCUUUGCAAGGACACUCAAAAGCCUGCCAUCCAUGGAUUCUGUCAGUGUUUUGAUCUGUUCACCAUCAACAUUGCGUGCAGCAGCAACCACAGCCUCCCAGACACCGUUCAGAGAGGUGUACUGUUUUCCCUCCUUGUAAAUCUCACAUUUGAUGAUGGACCACAGGUUCUCAAUGGGGUUCAGAUCAGGUGAACAAGGAGACCAUGUCAUUAGAUUUUCUUCUUUUAUACCCUUUCUUGCCAGCCACGCUGUGGAGUACUUGGACGCGUGUGAUGGAGCAUUGUCCUGCAUGAAAUCAUGUUUUUCUUGAAGGAUGCAGACUUCUUCCUGUACCACUGCUUGAAGAAGGUGUCUUCCAGGAACUGGCAGUAGGACUGGGAGUUGAGCUUGACUCCAUCCUCAACCCGAAAGGCCCCACAAGCUCAUCUUUGAUGAUACCAGCCCAAACCAGUACUCCACCUCCACCUUGCUGGCGUCUGAGUCGGACUGGAGCUCUCUGCCCUUUACCAAUCCAGCCACUGGCCCAUCCAUCUGGCCCAUCAAGACUCACUCUCAUUUCAUCAGUCCAUAAAACCUUAGAAAAAUCAGUCUUGAGAUAUUUCUUGGCCUAGUCUUGACGUUUCAGCUUGUGUGUCUUGUUCAGUGGUGGUCGUCUUUCAGCCUUUCUUACCUUGGCCAUGUCUCUGAGUGUUGCACACCUUGUGCUUUUGGGCACUCCAGUGAUGUUGCAGCUCUGAAAUAUGGCCAAACUGGUGGCAAGUGGCAUCGUGGCAGCUGCACGCUUGACUUUUCUCAAUUCAUUGGCAGUUAUUUUGCGCCUUGGUUUUUCCACACGCUUCUUGCGACCCUGUUGACUAUUUUGAAUGAAACGCUUGAUUGUUCGAUGAUCACGCUUCAGAAGUUUUGCAAUUUUAAGAGUGCUGCAUCCCUCUGCAAGAUAUCUCACUAUUUUGACUUUUCUGAGCCUGUCAAGUCCUUCUUUUGACCCAUUUUGCCAAAGGAAAGGAAGUUGCCUAAUAAUUAUGCACACCUGAUAUAGGGUGUUGAUGUCAUUAGACCACACCCCUUCUCAUUACAGAGAUGCCCAUCACCUAAUAUGCUUAAUUGGUAGUAGGCUUUCGAGCCUAUACAGCUUGGAGUAAGACAACAUGCAUAAAGAGGAUGAUGUGGUCAAAAUACUAAUUUGCCUAAUAAUUCUGCACUCCCUGUAGUGUGUGUAUGAACACUCAUGUCCAUCUGUGUGCUAGACUCCUAUGUGCGUGUACAUUUGUGUGCUUGGCUGUCUAUGUCUGUGUUCAUAUGUGUGUUUUUGUUGCUAAAUAGGUUAGAUGUGAGAGACAAACUAUUCAUGGACUCUGUAUGUGUGAGUUAAAUAAAAUGUGUGAAUGCUUCUUUGUGUUUGUAAGUAGUUAUGUAAGCGGGGCUGCCAUCAGGAAGGUGAGUCACUACUCCAGUGAGGGGCCAGCUUAAGGCAGAAAUCCAGCUAGAGCACUUUCAUGCUAUGUGGGCAAUUGAAGAGAUAUUUCUAUUUUCUCACCUUGACCACAUUACCAGAGUCCCCACAGAGCUGACCCAUUAUUACAUUUAUGUUCCCUGUCAAGUUCAUUAGAAAGCAAUUGAGUUGGAAACACUGCUCUGGGAUAUGACAUAACUCGUAAUGUCAGUUGAUUGCAAAAUAUGCCAUUUUCCCUGCCAUACCACCUAAUAAGCAUGUUCUCAGUCUGCAAUCUUAUUUCUUGUAGCACUGUAUUGGAGGAGGUGGCUUCUUCCCAGAGGGGAACCCCGUCCAAUGUGGAGAUUUUGCUUCCUAUGACUGGAACGGGUAUGGGACACACAUAGGAUCGAGUGCCAGCAAGGAGAUAACGGAGGCAGCUGUCCUACUCUUUUAUCGCUAA